AUGGCGCGCCGUUAUGAAAUCGAGGAGCUUUUGUGGCUUCGCGAUUCUCCGCUAGUCAUAAGGCCCGAUAAAUUACCACCGCUUGAAGAAUGGAUGGGACCGAUCCCAGAUCCGACGGCACGAAAGCAGAAUCACCGAGACCAAAACCAAGCCGAUAGUACCACAACGCCUCGUAGACCAAGUUUAUUCGAACCACGGCAUAUCUCAAGGAAUUCGAAUUCAGAGGACAUUGUUUUAGGACCUCCCAGGACAGCAUUCGCCUCUGCUUCGCGAAUUCAUGGCAAGGGCUCCUAUGAUACCACGGAACGGCCGUCGCGUUAUAAUGAUAUUGAAGAAAAGAAGGCCGAUCGCUUCAAUUUCCGAGACAGAUUUAUUAAGGAUAGAGAAGGAUCGGAUCGGGACUUGGAAAAGCGAGAAGGAAAAUCCGGGGACGCCAAUGGCCGUCGAAAUGACCGUGAGGACUGGAAUUUGGGACGACAACGCCGUACAUUCGGACCAAACGAGACUGAUCAGCGAGCGAAACGCAACGGUGACACGAGUAGAUGGGAAGCACGAGACAAAUUAGAUGAAAGUGGGUUUAACCGAAGUCUGAAAGACAAAGAUGGCCGAUUCGAUAAAGAAGGGCGCUUUGUUAAGAGGGAUGCACCUCCCAGAGGUAGGCAUGAACAAAGUUGGUUUCGAGACGAGACCAUGGGUGGUGAAAGUGCCGAGCUCGAAGAAGAAAAACCUUUUAUGCGAAGUCGGGAAUGGCGACGUGAAAGACAGCUGCCCGACCGUGAUUGGAAUCGAGGUACCAGGAUGGAGCAAGAUCCUGAGUGGAUGGAUUCGACAGAUCAUGAUGAACCUAAGCAGACUCAUACACAAGAAGAUUUCCAACGCUGGAAAGAGAGAAUGAAGGCAGGCUCUACAGCUCCAGUGCAAGCCGAUGAAAGGACCGAGGCUAUACCUGGGCAGGCCAGCCCGGAUGAUCAAAAAGUAGAAACGAACCAUUUGGAUGGGGAGCUGUUUGCAUCGAGUAAAAGCCACCUACCAAUUGAUGCCGGCUUCGACAGGUUUUUUGGACUACUUGGCGAGAGCAAACAGACGGUAUCUGAUGCUGCCACUACAUUAGCACCCCCCGAAUCGAUCAAGAGGGAUCCGGGUUCGGCAAAGGCAUCGAAGUCAUCUAGAUUCGCGGGACUAUUCAGUCCCCCACCAGAUACUUCUGUCAAAGGAACCGAACCAGUGCAAGCUUUGGUUCAACCUGGUCGCCCGGCAUCUACCGAUGCUGACCAGGAAGGCUUUCAGCGUAUUCUUCAGAUGCUCGGAGGCAGUAAAUCCCGCAACACAACUCCUCAAGUGGACAUUACUCGGCAGCCUCGUCCACCGUCGUAUAUUUCGAACGAGCAGGAUCAUCGUCCAACACCACCACCUCCCGGCUUACCAUCCCCAAGCAGGAACCCGAUGAAUCGGCAAGAUGAAAUGAUGGCAGCUGCCCAAGAAAAUGUAACUUCCCGCGCUAUGCAUCAUCCUCCGCCUGGAAUGGAGACUCUAUUGCCCUCUCGGGAGCCGCAGGCACAAUUUCAGGAUCGUGAACACCUCCUUCGUCUCAUGCAGCAAGUGAAUAUGUCUUCUCCGACAUUACCGCAACAUGGAAAUGCGCCGCCACCGCCAACUCAGUUAUCACAAGGUGGUCACACUCCUGGUAUUCUAAACGUCCCCGACCUGUUGUCACGGCCACCAGGCAUGCAGAAAGUACCGAGAAACCAGGCAUUUUUGGACGACCCUGCAAUUGCCAACAUGCAGCGACCAGACUCUGAACUGAAAGGCCAACAGGUGAGAAAACCACCGGUCAACGGACCUUUGCAGAUGCGGUAUUUCGACGAGAUGCCGCCAUUCCCGGGGACAUCCCAAGCAGCAGGCCAUACCACUCCCGGUGUCGCGGGUGCAGGGAGGGACCCUCAGGUACCCCAUUCCCACAUGAACAUUCAACGUCCUCCAGGAUUCGCACAUGUGCCUGCAUCUCAUCCGGGAUGGCCAGGACAAAUACCACCUCAACAAGGAGGAUUGGGAGGAGCAUUAGGACCUCCGCCUGGUAUUCCGAAUCCGAAUAAGGGCAUGAAUCCGGGGUUUUUGACAAAUCCGCUGUCAGUUCCGGGGCUUAAUAUGCCACCACCAAGCGAAAACCCGGCAUUCCUACGUGGUAAUGUUUCCGGAGGCAAUUUCAGUCUCCCCCCAGGCAUGUUACCUCCUCCAGGCUAUAUGAACAUGAAUGGACCUCCGCCCCCAUCUGGCAAUUUUAUGCCGGGGCACCUUAAUCCGGAGGUUAUGCUCAACGCUAGUGGUGGGCAAAACGGCGGCUUUAGUGGUGCUGCAGGGGGUUCAUCGGGACACCCGCCAUCUUCUAGACAUCUUCUGGAGAUGCUUGCGCAUGCCAACGGCGGGGAUGGUCGAGGAGCAAUGCUUGGUGGAGGUCCAGGACAAUUUCGCUAA